GGAAACGUCAGCAUUUGUUAUCCGGCUGCCUUCCAGGCAUCUGCAAGUGCUUUGGAAUAAAACUCCACAUCAAAUCUGUUUUUUCCGUCCACAAAAUGCGAUGUAGUGUUUGAAAACAGUGUUUAUCAAAGAACAAACAUCAAAAUGCCGAGAUUACCAUCAUUAACAACAGUUUUAGGUGUAGCAUUUAUGUGCUACAUUGCACAUUCCAUUUGGGUGUUAGCCCAAAUAUUCUCUGCGCCUGUUUGUACUCGAGAACCAUGCUUCACAUCCUUUCUGGCCAAGGAGAAGCUGCCCCGGCUACAGAUGGCUCUUUUUACAUCAACCACACAAAAUCCCCUUGCAGCAGAGGCUACUGAAGUGGCUUCUGUAAAACCGUUCAACUUCAGGGAAUCAUACACCCGGAAUAUAGACAUUUCAAUUCCGGCCAGGACAAGAAGAAAUGGGACUCUCUACAUGCACGUGGUGCUUGCAGUUGACGAUGGUGAGCCAAUUCUGUGGAAUCGUCGACGGGAUGACUUGGCUGUGAUACACAGAAUCCCACUGACUGAGCAUGUCAUACCCAGGCAUACGACAUUCAAUCUUAUCACGGAUGAUGGACAGGAUGUUGGGCCAAAGCCCAAGCAACAGCAUCGUCCUGUGAGUCAUCUAAAGCAGAAGGUGCACUUUGGGAUACUGGCAGACAAUAUCACACUGUCGCAGUAUGAUAUUCCGGCUGAGAUGUCGGGCCUGGUGCGUGUAACCAGGCACAAUGAGUACUUGCCAGUAUUCCAAAGUGACAUUCUGCGGGAUCGUUUUGAGGAUUUGCUGGAAAUUAAGCGUGGCAUGGAGACAUAUUCGCUCGAGAUCACGUACAGUCCAUUGGGUAUUGGGAAAUUUCGUCUGAUAGCUCAUGUGAAUCACGCAAUGCGUUCCCUCGAGACACUUGGCUUCUCCAAGAAGGACAUUGACGAAGUUAAGGGGAUAUUUUCCGAUACGAAUGUCUACAUUUUAUGUGGAACGGUCUUUGUGGGUAGUAUUCAUUUGCUAUUUGAUUUUCUUGCCUUCAAAAAUGACGUGAAUUUCUGGAGGAAGAAGCGCAAUUAUGCAGGAUUGUCCGUGAGGACAGUUCUGUGGCGGGGUUUCAGUCAAGUGAUAAUCCUAUUGCAUCUUUUGGAUGAGAAAACAUCCAUGAUUGUACUGAUUCCCGUGGCAGUUGGGACGCUAAUUGAAUUGUGGAAGUGCAAGAAAAUCCUGAGGAUUGACUUUAGUCUGAGGCAUGGCUUCAAAAUUCGCCAGCAGAAUGAGAUGAAGGUGGAAAAAUUGACAAAAGACUUCGAUAAGUUGGCCAUGAAGUAUUUAAGCUACCUGCUGUAUCCACUUUGUGCAGCUGGUGCAGUGUAUUCACUACUCUAUCAAUCGCACAAGAGUUGGUAUUCUUGGGCGAUAAACUCCAUGGUGAAUGGAGUUUAUGCCUUUGGGUUCCUCUUCAUGCUGCCACAACUCUUCAUCAACUACAAGUUGAAAUCCGUGGCGACGCUCCCAUGGCGUUCAUUCAUGUACAAAGCCUUCAACACCUUUAUCAACGAUAUCUUUGCCUUUAUUAUCACAAUGCCAACAGCACAUCGUCUAGCAUGCUUCAGGGAUGAUGUCAUCUUUGUAAUCUACCUCUACCAGAGAUGGCUGUAUCCAGUAGACAAGAAUAGAGUGGAUACAUCUGAGCACAUGGAUGAAUAUGAAGAAGUGCAGAAGGACGCUAAAGCAACUGAUAAGAAGAAUGACUAAAAGAUUUCUAGUGAAUUGAAUUCAUCGAUUUGUUGGUCGGAAAUUAAGUAAUUUCCGGAUUAUUAGCUUCACUUUGAAUAAAUUAUAACCAAUAUUGGCACAUUCUCAA